AAAGCACAUUUUUGUUUUUAUGAUGUAUAGCCAAUUUUGACUUGUGUUGGUGGUAGCUAGCUAGUGGAAACCAAGUGACUCGGAGCUGAACGGAAGUCUUUUUCUGGAGUCACAUUAAAAAUGAAAAUAUAUGCUAAUGUUAGCUACACUUGUAGCUAUUGCCAAGGUACUGCAUGCACUGGAGAAACAUACUCACUCAUUCAUUCCUGAUGACUUCACUUGAAUAGUCAUAGAUAUGUUUAUCUCAAGGGUGGCCCCUCACCUAAGUCUGCUUUGCAGAGGUACUGGUGCACUUCAGACUCCAGGACAGUCAUUGAGUGAAUCUUUACUUCCUGUCUUUCCUACUCGUUGCUCUUCUCUAAAUGUAAAACCAGCAGCAGACAACACACAGCCUCCCCAACACUGGAGCCAGAGCUGGAAGAGUUCCUCAUCCCUCGUAAUCCAUCAGUGUCCCCACAUAAGAGCUGGCUCUAGCUGCACUACUCCCUCCCCUUCUAGUGUCUCCUCUGCCUUGGAGGACACCACGCUACUGCCCCCGUUAAUUAAGAGGCCCUCUCCUGGAGGAGGGUGAAGGCCCAGUAACUAAGUAGCUCAGAAUCUCCGCUGUAAGAACGUGCUGGAGAUCCGGCGGUGGAAGAUGAACAGGCACAAGUACAAGAAGCUGCUCAAACGCACCAAGUUCCUGAGGAGGAGAUGGAUGGCAGGAGGAAAAAGAAGCAGAAACGCUUUGAGAAGGAUCUUCAGAGGAUCUGGAUGUGAGCUGGACUGAAGAAAUCCCCAGAAGGAUGGAAUACACAGAGGAUCUUCAACAAACAAUCCAAAGUCUCAGAGAGAUUGAAGAGUACAGACUGAACGUCUGUACUCUUCUGGCACACUGCUGACUGACAGGAAUUACAUGCUUCUCAUAAGCCUGCUCUCCUCUCUGCUACUUGAAAUAAGACAUUUAGUGAUGUGGACAUUUUCCAGUUGUGUUCUGCCCUCUCCUGUUAAGUGUGAUGGUUGUUGCAAGUAGGUAAAAAAAACAAGACAAUUUUUCUCACAUCCUGAUUAUUCACUCUACUUAUCUUAUUUAAUAUAUCAUACCAGUAUGUUCAUACCUUCUUACAAUAGGCUGUUAUUUAAUACCUUCUCCAAUUCAGUUUCCUAAGUUAAACAGUGGGUGGCAGUAUUGUACAACCUUUGUUUCAUUGAACAUUGUGAACUUGGCAGUCUCAAAGAUGUUCAGCUGAAAUAGUCUACUGUUGUUCAGUCAGUGACAAAGUUAUACAACUAUUCUGGUAAGCUGUGAUAUUAGGUCAGAAGAAGUGAUCACUUUCAAAGAUGUUCUCACUCAGUAGCAGUGCCAGGAAGGUGUAGGGUUUCACAGGCAAGCGAAGGAGGGACAUACACAGCUGGUUUACACUCUGGAGACUUCUGCAGUUUUGUUGUUGAUGAACUUUCUUCAGGUGUUGCUGUCCUCUAUCCAUUGAUGCGCAAAACACUGUGUUGUAACCUACCUACUUUUAUCCCAUUUCUUUGAGUAAGAGUUGUAGAAGAAAGACUGGAAGACAUGUUGCGGUUGUUUCUAAUUUCUUCUGUCUUCUUCCUGCCCAGUGCAUGGGGCCAGAGCAGCAGCAAAUUAGAUGUGGUGGUGGAGGCCCGUAACAUCACCCUCCCAGCCGGGACCCAGGCCGUGCUGCCCUGCCACAGCCCCCGCAUGAUAUGGACCUGGGACCGGCUGAAGGAUCGCCAGAGGGUGGUCCACUGGGACCUGUUCCGGAGCACACCAGAGUACUCUGUGGAAAGGAUACUGGACAUGUCUGCUGGCGUCAAAGAGAGAGUCUAUAAUGGGUUCAACAAGGGCCGCAUAACCAUCCCCAAAACCGCCUUCACUGACGGGAACUUCUCCCUCGUCAUCAACAAUGUAGGAACAGCUGAUCGAGGUGUUUAUAGUUGUAAUCUGCAUCACCAUUACUGCCAGCUUCACCAGUCCAUCAAGAUACAGCUCAACACCACCAAGUCAGUCCGUAAGGAGAAGCGUUACUGGGACGGGGACAAGACAGUGUUUGUGGUGUUGCUGGGGAGCUCUGUGGUGUUGCCUUGUGUGAACAGGCGGCCUCUGUGGAUGGAGGGCCAGCAGGAGGACCAGCAGCAGGUAGCCCACUGGGACUGGCAGCCACCUGGGGUGAGACCUGAUGGAGCUGACCGCCUGGUGGACCUUUACGCCUCUGGAGAGCGCCGGCAGUAUGGACCACUCUUCCCUGUGGACAAGAUGAGUGUCUCUGAGGAUGCCUUCUCUGUAGGGGAUUUCUCUCUGACCAUCUCUAAUCUCCAGCCUGUUGACAAGGGCCUGUACUCCUGUCACCUGCACCACCACUACUGCGGCCUGCACGAGAGACUCAUCUACAGGCUCAUGGUGGGGCCUUCACUGCCCCCACCUCCUCCGGUCCUCACCGCUGUCCCUGCUGCCCCUGCUGCCCCUGCUGUCCCGACUGUCCUUGCUAUCCCCCACACACUCCCCAAUGAUGACCUAAGCCCUGAUGUGGUUGAACUUGAGAGACCACGGGUAAUCAACGUCAUUCUCCCUGAGUACCCAGGGCACUUCUUCCAGCAGAUGGGCUACUUCCUGGCUACCUUCUUCCUCCUAGCCUUCAUCAUAACAAUCGUCAUUGUGCUAACCCGACGACGCAGAAAGAGAGGGCUGGAGUACGACCUGCGAAGAUCUGAACGGAGUCAUGUGACUGGCCACGUUGCAUUGGAUGCCACAGAGCUGAAGGUCUGCACCCAGGAAUACCCGAAUUCAGACUACAAAAACAACCUACUGAAAGAGAGAGAUAUGUCUAAAGGCUGCAAUAAAGAAAUGAAUGGAAAGUUGUGGAUAUGAGACAGAGAGAGCUGAUAUGCCGCUGGCGGCUCCAGAGCAGACACACAUGACUAGGAAGAGGAAACAAGGGUUUAUAAUGGUGGAAUCCAAAAAGGACAGGAGGGACUCUCUUUUUAUAGACACCCCUUACCAAACACUCUUACCAAACACUCUUACCAAACACUCUUACCAAACACUCUUACCAAAACACUCUUACCAAACAGUCUUACCAAACACUCUUACCAAACACUCUUACCAAACACUCUUACCAAACACUCUUACCAAAACACUCUUACCAAACACUCUUACCAAACAGUCUUACCAAACACUCUUACCAAAACACUCUUACCAAACACUCUUACCAAACACUCUUACCAAACACUCUUACCAAAACACUCUUACCAAACACUCUUACCAAACACUCUUACCAAACAGUCUUACCAAACACUCUUACCAAACAGUCUUACCAAACACUCUUACCAAACAGUCUUACCAAACACUCUUACCAAACAGUCUUACCAAACAGUCUUACCAAACAGUCUUACCAAACAGUCUUACCAAACAGUCUUACCAAACAGUCUUACCAAACAGUCUUACCAAACACUCUUACCAAACACUCUUACCAAAACACUCUUACCAAACACUCUUACCAAACACUCUUACCAAACACUCUUACCAAACACUCUUACCAAACAGUCUUACCAAACACUCUUACCAAAACACUCUUACCAAACACUCUUACCAAACACUCUUACCAAACACUCUUACCAAAACGUUUCUGUUGCUGCGCCAGUUUUUUAUAUUUUAUUUCAUAUUUUCAUACUUGUGUAUUCUGUAUUCUGAUCUGCUGUUAUUUCAAUAUGGCUAAACAUGUCUUCAAUUUUGUAUUGUACUACACAGAUAUUUGAUGUCAAGUAUUUUAUAUUACAAAAAACAACCAGUGUGUGCUUUUCAACAUUCCUUGUCUUUUGGUACAUGACAAAAUACUUUCUAUCACUAUAUGACUUCAUUUUCCGAAAGCAUGUUGUCUUUAAAUGUAUGUGGGAAAACUGUCAUGUUCUGUUUUCUGAUUUCAGAGCUCAGCAAGCUCAGAAUUAGUUGAGAAUGUUUAUUAAAGUAUUUGCACAAACCUGUAAUUUACAAGUAAUAUACUAGUAACAUUCAUUCUGUGUGUAAAGGGUUUGUAAAGGGUCACAAGUAUUUUAUAGCUAUGCUGUUAAUUAUUAGUUCAUAACUUGCUUAGAAAUCUGUAUUAAGCCUUUAUACCUGUUAUAAUGGUAUUCUUACCAAGUUCAUGCGAUUGAUGAUCAUGGACCACAAAGAAAGGCUAUACAUGGAAUAAAACUCAGGAAAUCAA